AAUUUAGAAACCGUGCCCGUCUGUUUCCAUAUUUCCGCUUAAGCUAAAUUCAGCACUGUCAGGGUUUUUAGGACUUCUGUGUUGAAGUGGCAAGUAACUUCACUUAACUAGUCAUUUAUGACAAGUGGUUGUUAAAAAAUAGUGUGUUAUUUUUAUUUAUUGAAUUUGUAUAUUAUGAAACAGUAUAUACUAAAAGUGUGAGCACGUGAAUCAUUCGGUAUUCAAAUUCGGUCGCAAUAUUAUUUUUCCUCAAGCUUGACGCAUGCCAUGUGUUUACAUUAUGCUGACACAGUAAUCAAAUAAUUUCAUUUAAUCAUGGGAAUAUACUGUCCGUAUUUUUCGCUAAUACACCUAGAUAUAUUACUCUCGUGGUUUCCGAGUAAACUAAUUACACGGACCUUAAAAUCUUCUACACCUCACUCCAGAGACAAUUUACGACUUUUUAACAACAACCAAAGUAUGACUAAUAUCAAGGUCGGUAUUAUUGGAGGUUCCGGAUUUAAUGAUCCAAAUUUAUUCAAACAAGUGAAAGUGAAAGAGGUUACCACCCAGUUUGGGAAUCCUUCAGACGUUCUAACCGAAGGUUUUAUUGGAGAUGUUCCAUGUGUUAUACUUCCCAGACAUGGAAAGGAGCACAUAGUAUUGCCCAGUGAAGUUAACUAUCGAGCAAAUAUAUGGGCAUUGAAAGAGGCUGGAUGUACUCACAUUUUAGCCACUUGUGCUUGUGGUAGUUUGCAGGAGCACGCACAACCAGGGGACUUUCUGGUUCUUGAUCAGUUUUAUGACAGAACUAAUGGCCGAGAGGUUUCAUUUUAUGGUAGCAGACCAGGUGCAAUAAAAGGAGUCCUACACAUGCCUAUGGCGGAUCCAUUUUGUGAAGAAACACGCCAGAUUUUAAUUCAAGCCGCCAAGAACCUAUCCUUGGAUAUCUAUGACCGAGAUAGUGGGAAGACCGCCCCUAAGCAUCCAUGUGUACAUACUAAAGGUUCCGUAAUCACCAUCAAUGGCCCACGUUUUUCUACUCGUUUCGAAUCGAAGUUAUUCCGUAGUUGGGGUUUGGAUUUAGUCGGUAUGACAUUAGUGCCUGAGGUUUCGUUAGCUCGUGAAGCAGGUAUCAGUUAUGCAUCUUUAGCUAUUGUAACAGACUAUGAUUGUUGGAAAGCAGAUCAAGCUCAUGUUUCUGUUGAUAUUGUUUUGCAAGAAUUUCGCAAAAGUAUAGAUAAAGUUAAAAAGGUUGUACUCGAAGCGGUGAGAUUAAUUGGUACUCGUGAUUGGACUAAAACUAUUGAGGCCAACCAGUUACUAGUUCAAAACUCUCGUCAAGAUUUGGCUCAUGCGAAAGGUGCGGGUAAAUAA